AUGGUUGCCGGGAUUUUGGGAGGGGGGCGAUGGCGGGAGGCAGCGGCUGCAGCGAUGAUUCUUGCCCUCGGGUAUUCAUUCGCCCGGGCUCAUCCCAACCGGCUGGCGGGGUCGGCAUGGGUGGCUGUUGUUUUAUCUUGGGGAUUAUGGAAGAGAAAGGAGGAUCUUGUGAAGGACCUUGAAGGGAUUGAAUUUGUUCCCUGGACGCAAGUAGAAGCGUUUGCAAGCGAGAUGCUGGUGAUGCCUUCUGCCGCUCCAGCAGCGAUAGCGGGGGACACAACAUCAGCCAUGGUGCUCAGUGCUGUGAAGCAAGGGCAUAAGAUCCUCUCCUGCCACAAGAAAGUCUCGGUCAACCAUUUCGACAUCGACGCUUUCAUCAGCGUGUGGAGCGCCUGCAACCCGUCCCUCACCAAGGACUUCUUCGAUGCGCUGCUUCAGGCAGCGGCCAUCGGCGACUUCAGAGAGUUCGAUCAGACUCAGCUCGGAUCGGACCUGGGGCUCAAGAUCUGCUGCUGGAUCAACACGAUGGAGAGGUGGGACCGGCACAUCGCGUGCCGACGGCUAAAGACUGUGAACAGGCGACUGUUCUCGCGUCCUUUUGAGGACGGGGACGAGGACAAAUGGCCAUACUUCAUGCAGGAGGGCCGUUUCUUGCACUUCCUGAGGAACCCUGACGAGCACGAGGAGGAGUGGAAAGAAGAAUAUUCGAGGGUCAAGAGCGAUCUUGUUUCCAUCGAAGAGCUCGGAAGAAUCCGAUGUUAUGACGACAUCAGCCUUUGUGUCGUUCAGGUACCCGAGCCCAUCCACUACUAUGCUCUUUUCAGCUCGUCAGUGAUUGUUGUAUGGAGUGUCUCGAAGGGAUACGAUGUGGUCUUGUCCGGUUACAGCAGAAACCGACAUGAGAUUGAGCAGAAAUACACUCAGUUUGUAAACCUGGCAAGUAGGAGGACGCUCCCAAGGCUGGAGUUGGCGACCCUUUGCAAGACUUUGAAUGAGUUGGAGGAGUAUGCAGCAAAAGCGGCCGAGAGACGGACGAUAGGAGCGAUGAGGAGGCGUAGCGCGAAGAAGGAGUCUCAGAUGACGUGGAAAUGUGAGCGAGUGGUGGACACAGGCCCUCUUCUUCGCCUGGAAGACUCGGAGAGUCCGGAGGCGAUGACUAGAGCUCAACGCUAUGCCCACCCGUAUGAGAGAGACAUCCAGUCCUCCAAGAUCAAGUUGAACUCGAUGGAAAGGCUGCUCGUCUCGUACAUGACACAUUCUUAUAACGGCGUUACUCCGAAGCUGCGAUGGACCUGGAAUGACAUCCAUCACUUCAACAAGAGCAUCCGCUACGACAACUGGAAGGUUGAUUUCGAAAGCCUCGUUACUGCCGCCCUAUAG